CAACAGUGGCGCCAGGGAUUUGAACCUCGCUUACGAGGUUUGGUGAUCCAUCUUCUGAGUAUCGCCGGGAUUUUGAAUCGCGAUGAUCAUCCCCUCCCUAGAGGAGCUGGACUCCCUCAAGUACAGUGACCUGCAGAACUUAACCAAGGGUCUGGGUCUCCGGGCCAACUUGCGGGCAGACAAGUUCUUAAAAGACUUGAAAGGCCACGUUAAACAUGAGGCAAGAAAAGAAAAUGAGAAUCAGGAUGAAAGUCAAACUUCUGCAUCCUCUUGUGAUGAGACUGAGAUACAGAUCAGCAACCAGGAACAAGCUGAGAGAGAGCCAACUGGCCAUGUCACCAAAACAAGGAGAAGGUGCAGGACUGUCCUUGUGGACCCUGACUCGCAGAAUCAUGAAAAGCAGGAAAACGAGGAUCUCAGAGCCACUGCAAAUGUUCCUUCUCCACCAGAUGAGCACCAAGGAGCUGAGAAUGCUGUUUCCUCAGGUAACAAAGAUUCAAAGGUACCUUCAAAAAAAAAGAAAUCUGUCUACACAGAUGAGUUAUCCAAACCUGGAAAAAAUAAAAGAACUGCAAUCACUACUCCUACUCCAAACUUUAAGAAGCUUCAUGAAGCUCAUUUUAAGGAAAUGGAGUCCAUCGAUCAAUAUAUUGAGAGAAAAAAGAAACAUUUUGAAGAACACAAUUCCAUGAAUGAUCUGAAGCAGCAUCCCAUCAAUAAGGGAGGGGUCAGGACUCCAGUACCUCCAAGAGGAAGACUCUCUGUGGCUUCUACUCCCAUCGGCCAACGACACUCGCAAGGCCGAUCUUGUGGCCCUGCAAAUCAGAGUACUUUGGGUCUGAAGGGGUCACUCAAGCGCUCUGCUAUCUCUGCAGCUAAAACAGGUGUCAGGUUUUCAGCUGCUACUAAAGAUAAUGAGCAUAAGCGUUCACUGACCAAGACUCCAGCCAGAAAGUCUGCACAUGUGACUGUGUCUGGGGGCACCCCAAAAGUUAUUACCCCAUUCAAGUUGACAACUGAGGCAACGCAGACUCCAGUCUCCAAUAAGAAACCAGUGUUUGAUCUUAAAGCAAAUUUGUCUCAUCCCCUCAACUAUGAACCACACAAAGGAAGGCUAAAACCAUGGGGGCAAUCUAAAGAAAAUAAUUACCUAAAUCAACAUGUCAACAGAAUUAACUUCUGCAAGAAAACUUACAAACAACCCCAUCUCCAGACAAAGGAAGAGCAACGGAAGAAACGAGAGCAAGAACGAAAGGAAAAGGUUUGGGGAAUGCGAAGGGGCCUCAUUUUGGCUGAAGAUUAAUAAUUUUUUAACAUCUUGUAAAUAUUCCUGUAUUCUGAACUUUUUCCUUUUGUAAAUUUUUUUUUUGAUGUCUUCCCCACUUUAGUCACGAGAUCUUUUUCUGCUAACUGUUCAUAUUCUAUGUAGUGUCUGUGUAUGUAGUGUCCGUGGGUUCUUCAUGUGCUACGAUCUCUGAAAAGACAUUAUCACCUUAAAGCUCACAUUCUUUGGGAUGGUUUUUACUUAAGUCGUUACACAAUUCAGGUUUCUAAUGAGAUACAUCCUAAAAUUCUGUUCCUAGAUUUUUAAUGUCAAGUUCCCCCUGCUGGUUCUAAUAUUAACAGAACCGCAGUCUUCUGCUAGCCAAUAGCAUUUAUCUAAUGGCAGCUAGUUAUACAAGCUUCAGGAGAAUUUAAACAAUAACAAGAAUAGGGUAAGCUGGGAUAGAAAGGCCACCUCUUCAGUCUCUGUAGAAUAUAGUAACCUUUAUGAAACGGGGCCAUAUGAUUUGGUUAUGACAUCAAUAUUUUACCUAGGUGAAAUUGUUUAGGCUUGUGCAUCUUUGUUCAAAUAGCCUCAUGUAAUUGCCAUCUGUCACUCACUAUAUUUGCAUAAAUAAAACUCGACAACUCAUUCUAACAUUGCUUACUUGAAAACUACAUAGUCCUAUCGAAAUGUGAGGAUUAAUGCUUUAAUGCUUUUAGAGACAGUGUCUCACUAUAUUGCCCAGGCUGGUCUCAAACUCCACCAAAUGUACUUCUUACUCAUUUUAUGGAAAAGAUGAGGCUUUGCUUAGUAUCAUGUCCAUGUUUCCUUCACCUCAGUGGAGCUUCUGAGUUUUAUACUACUCAAGAUUGUCAUUAAUAAAAUUUUUUCUCAUUG